AUGAAGUGUUUUAUUGGCACACCGCUGGGUUCUGCCGUGCUUCCUUCUGCUUCCCUUCCUGCUGCUGGACGGGUUUCCCUAACUGCUUCCUGACCAGGCUGUGGAGCCCUUUAGGGACGACGGGUGCAGAAACCAGCGUCAUGGCACAUUUGGCAUCUUUGGAAAAGUCUCUGGGGGCUACACACCCUUCAGCCUCUUUCGUGGCUGGCUGAAGCACCUGCUGGAGAGGAAUGUUUAAGUUCCAGCAGGAAGGCUGAACUAGCUGACCAUGACAGCUUGCUCCUGUCAGAGUUCGGUGCGGUGGGACCAGGAUGGGCAUCGUUCUUCCCCGUGACUGUGUAAGCCACUGCGCGCCCCCCUGGGGCCUCCAUCCGCCCACUGGAUGUGGGAGUGGGUCUGAAUCUGGCCACCACCACGAAUUGGCUGUGUGACGUGGGUGAUUUACUUUACCACUUUGGGCUUUGUUCUUUUUUUUUUUUUUUUUUUUGCUUUUUAAUCUGUAGAAUGUGGACAAUAAUACCUGCCUUGCAAGUUGGAUGUGAGUUUACAUGGGAACAUUCAGCUGGGCCCAGCAGGCAAUAGGGGGUGAAGAGAGGCUACUUACCCCCAGAGGUUGCAAGAGAACAUACCUGCAAUACUGGAGGCAUAUUUAUAUAUUUUUUAUACUAAAAAAUUCUUCAUUGUUUAUCUGAAAUUCAAAUUUAAUUGGACGUCCUGUAUUUUAUUUGGUAACCCAAUACAUAUAUGCUGUGUUGGGGAGGGGUUCUAGAAUUCCAGGGUAGGGGUCUGUGAAGUCCAGGGGGCCAAAUCCUGCCCACAGCUUCAUUUUAUGCCCUGGCUGUGGAGCUAAGAAUGGAUGGUGCGUCUUUGAAGGGUUAUCAAAACAAAACAAAACAAAACAAAGCAUGUGUGUCAGAGACUAUAUGCCUCUAUGUGGUUUGCCAAGCUUAAUAUAUUUACAUGUACUAUCUGGCCCUUUAUGGAAGAAGUUUGCUGAUCCACACUGUGUUUAUAUACCUAUUCUGGGCCAGGCUAGCGAUUAAACUGGAAGUGUGAAGGAAAGCUAAAUCUCCAGGAGAGAAAGGCCCAGAAAAGACCCUGGAACAGAGGUGGGCGCUACUCACUCCCCACGGGGGCCCCUCAAUCCCUGAGGCCUGCCUGACUCCUCCCCUCCUCCCUCGGUUCAGUCUCUCAGGCUAGUCUGACUUGUCCAGGUCUUUCUAUAAAAGGUCACCAGGUGUCCCAAAGUCCAAGGGAGACGCCUCCACUCUUUGAAGGCCUCCCCUUCCUGGACUGGCCCCUGGGGCAGGGAGAGAGACCCAGGUGGGGAAGGAGUGAAAGCCAGGCCGCAGCUUGAGGGCCGGUCUGCUGGCCUGUCUCUUUAAAUCUCAGGUAAUUUGGGAGCAGGGAGGGAGUGUCUGCACAGGUCCUGCUCACUCCCAGGAGGAGCUCCUGAGGAGGAGCCAGCAGGAGGGAGUCCCAGCUCUGCCAAGUGUAAGAACCUCAGAGCCCUCUGCAGUCCCGCUCUGGCUCCUCAGGGAGACUCCGCAGGGACCCCGGGAGGUAGGAGACUAGGAGACGGGACCUCUACAGGGAGAGGGCAGGCCGGCCCUUGGGGGGGCUGAUGUGGCCCCAAGGCUGAGUCCUGUCAGAGUCUGGCCUCGGCCUCAGCCCCCCAAGGAGCCGGCCCUACACUCUAUGGGGUUGCCGCUGCCCAAAGAGAAGGGGCUCAUUCUCUGCCUGUGGAGAAAAUUCUGUAGAUGGUUCCAGAGACAGGAGUCGUGGGCUCAGAGCCGAGAUGAGCAGAACCUGCAGCAGCAGAAGAGGAUCUGGGAGUCUCCUCUCCUUCUAGCUGCCAAGGAGAACAAUGUCCAGGCUCUCAACAAGCUACUCAAGUAUGAGGCGUGCGAGGUGCACCAGAGAGGAGCCAUGGGGGAGACGGCACUGCACGUAGCAGCCCUCUAUGACAACCUGGAGGCUGCCAUGGCGCUGAUGGAGGCCGCCCCGGAGCUGGUCUUCGAGCCCAUGACAUCCCAGCUGUAUGAGGGUCAGACUGCACUGCACAUAGCCAUCGUGAACCAGAACGUGAACUUGGUGCGAGCCCUGCUUGCGCACGGAGCCUGCGUCUCUGCAAGAGCUACAGGCACAGCUUUCCGCCGCAGCCCCCGCAACCUCAUCUACUUUGGGGAGCACCCUUUGUCUUUUGCUGCCUGUGUGGGCAGUGAGGAGAUCGUGAGGCUGCUCAUUGAGCACGGAGCUGACAUCCGGGCCCAGGACUCCCUGGGAAACACCGUGCUGCACAUCCUCAUCCUCCAGCCCAACAAGACCUUUGCCUGCCAGAUGUACAACCUGCUGCUCUCGUACGAUGGGCGCAGGGACCACCUGCAGUCCCUGGACCUCGUGCCCAAUCACCAGGGUCUCACCCCGUUCAAGCUGGCCGGAGUGGAGGGCAACACUGUGAUGUUCCAGCACCUGAUGCAGAAGCGGAAGCACAUCCAGUGGACGUACGGGCCGCUGACGUCCACUCUCUACGACCUCACGGAGAUCGACUCCUCGGGGGAUGAGCAGUCUCUGCUGGAACUUAUCAUCACCACCAAGAAGCGGGAGGCUCGCCAGAUCCUCGACCAGACACCAGUGAAAGAGCUGGUGAGCCUCAAGUGGAAGAGAUAUGGGCGGCCAUACUUCUGCAUGCUGGGCGCCAUCUACCUGCUGUACAUCAUCUGCUUCACCAUGUGCUGCAUCUACCGCCCACUCAAGCCCAGGACCAGUAACCACACCAGUCCCCGGGACAACACCAUCCUACAGCAGAAGCUGCUUCAGGAGGCCUACGUGACCCGCAAGGAUGACAUCCGCCUGGUGGGGGAGUUGGUGACCGUCAUCGGAGCUGUGAUCAUUCUGCUUGCUGAGAUUCCAGACAUCUUCAGGGUGGGGGUCACUCGCUUCUUUGGACAGACCAUCCUUGGGGGACCAUUUCACGUCCUCAUCAUCACCUACGCCUGCAUGGUGCUGGUGACCAUGGUGAUGCGGCUCACGAACGCCAAUGGGGAGGUGGUGCCCAUGUCCUUCGCGCUGGUGCUGGGCUGGUGCAAUGUCAUGUACUUCGCCCGAGGAUUCCAGAUGUUGGGCCCUUUCACCAUCAUGAUCCAGAAGAUGAUUUUUGGCGACCUGAUGCGGUUCUGCUGGCUGAUGGCCGUAGUCAUCCUGGGCUUUGCCUCAGCCUUCUAUAUCAUCUUCCAGACAGAGGACCCCGACGAGCUGGGCCACUUCUACGAUUACCCCAUGGCACUGUUCAGCACCUUCGAGCUGUUCCUCACCGUCAUCGAUGGGCCUGCCAACUACGACGUGGAUCUGCCCUUCAUGUACAGCAUCACCUACGCUGCCUUCGCCAUCAUUGCUACGCUGCUCAUGCUCAACCUCCUCAUAGCCAUGAUGGGUGAUACUCACUGGCGGGUGGCCCACGAGCGAGAUGAGCUCUGGAGGGCACAGGUGGUGGCCACCACGGUGAUGCUGGAGCGGAAGCUGCCUCGCUGCCUGUGGCCUCGCUCGGGGAUCUGCGGGCGCGAGUAUGGGCUGGGGGACCGCUGGUUUCUACGGGUGGAGGACAGACAGGAUCUCAACCGGCAGCGAGUGCGGCGCUAUGUGCAGGCCUUCCACAGCCAGGGCUCCGACGACUUGGACAAAGCCUCCGAAAAACUGCAGCUGGGCCACCCCUUCGGCCCCCACCUGUCCCUCUCCACCCCCUCAGUGUCUCGCAGUACGUCCCACAGCAGCACCAAUUGGGAGAGGCUCCGGCAAGGCACCCUGAGGAGGGAACUGAGGGGGCUGACCAACAGGGCUCUGGAAGAUGGGGAAGGCUGGGAAUAUCAGAUCUGAGCGCGCGCUGCCCCGGCGGCUGCUCUCCUUUUCCUGGGGGCAUCAGAAGACACCACCAAGACACCUAGAGGUCUGAUCUCCCAGGUCCAGGGGGAAGCAGAAUGCACUCUGAGGAACGCCGGCUGGGAGUAACGGCCCCACGUACCACUACUUGCUCAGCUCUGGGGCGAACAGAAACCAAGGAGGGAGGUGGCCCUCACCUCACCCCGUGCACAGGGCUGGUGCCAGCAGGGGGACCAGGCUGCGUGGCUCUUCGGCCUUACGGAAGUACUCUGCACUGUCAGAGCAAAGCACUUUAAGGACAGGCUUGCCGUCUCUACCCCAGUGUUCCGGUGGGAAGGGGAGAGCCCUUCCCAGGGUGCUCCAGACAGUUGGGAGGGAGACUUGUGGAAAGCGUGAGUGAGGGGGGACAGGUACCGCUUUGGGGGUGGGGUGAAGCUGGUUGAGCCUUGCCACCUUCUA